GUAUAUCGAUAGCCAUCCCUACAACUGACUCAGAUCGACUUGGUGGCUGACUUUUUCUACGAAAAUUUUGUUAAUACUACUACGUUAAUAAUUGAACUUAGUGCUAAGCAUAAUCAGAUUAUAAAGUGCGUGCAUCAAUAUAUCUAUAUGCAUAAUAUUCAAAGUGCAACGUGUAUAAUAGAAGCCGCAUAAGUAACACGCCCCAAUAGCAAAACAAUAGGUGGGCGAGAGAGAGAGUGUGUGAACGAGAGAGAGGCGAGGAGAGGUCAGCAAACUCGCAAUUAAGAAAAAGUCGACACGUACAAGAGUUGAAAUAGUAGAAGCAGCAGCAGCAACCGAAAACACAAAUAAGUAAACAUGUCAUCCGGCGACUUUGGCAAUCCGUUGCGCAAAUUCAAAUUGGUGUUCCUGGGCGAGCAGAGUGUGGGCAAAACGUCGCUGAUUACACGAUUCAUGUAUGACAGCUUCGACAACACCUACCAGGCGACAAUUGGUAUUGAUUUUCUAUCCAAAACGAUGUACCUGGAGGAUCGGACAGUGCGACUGCAAUUGUGGGAUACAGCCGGUCAGGAGCGUUUCCGUUCGCUAAUACCCUCCUAUAUACGCGACUCGACAGUCGCUGUUGUUGUCUAUGAUAUCACGAAUACAAACUCAUUCCAUCAGACCUCCAAAUGGAUCGAUGAUGUUCGUACGGAGCGGGGCAGUGACGUCAUUAUCAUGCUCGUUGGCAACAAAACGGAUCUGUCCGACAAACGUCAGGUGUCCACCGAGGAGGGUGAGCGCAAGGCGAAAGAUCUAAAUGUGAUGUUCAUCGAGACCAGCGCCAAGGCCGGUUACAACGUGAAACAAUUAUUUAGACGUGUGGCAGCGGCGCUGCCUGGCAUGGACUCAACGGAGAAUAAACCUUCCGAAGAUAUGCAAGAGGUUGUGCUUAAGGACUCGCCCAAUGAGACUAAGGAUCCCGAGGGAGGCUGCGCCUGCUAGAACUAGCCCAUUCCCAAACCAAUCCUCGAUCCAGCAACCACGUUCACAACCACCAGCCUCCAUUUACCCGCACCCAGAACUCCGCUACGACCUCGACAACCUUCGCACCUUGAUACAUGCUGGCACAUCCAGGUGUGUAGACCAGGUGUAUGUGGGCAACGGGCUUCAACAACAACACCAAGAACAAUGAUGAUGAUGAUGAUGAUGAUGAAUAUGCUUAAACAAGAUUGAGACAAAAUAAACGAAAACAUAAACCAGGCUAUAAACUUGAGAUGCACACACACAAAAAACACACGAUUUUAUGUUUAAGUUUAUUUAUAUUUAUACAAAGGAAGAAAGAAGUUAAUAACUUACUGAAGCAACGUAUAAAACGAAAAUGAUAGCAAAACAUAAAAAUAGACUAAACAAUUAAUUUAACGCAAUCGGCUAAAUAUGUACGUUAAAUCGAAUUGCAUUGCAAUAUAAGUAAGCGCCUAGUCCUAAUAAUCCAAGCUGAAAUGAUUGAGUUAGGCUAUGUUCAGAUGUGCCUCGGCCGAGGCCUUAACAAGCGUUCAGCAUAAUUAAACUAGUUUAUUGUAAAAUGUAGCCUCAACUUA